CUUCUGGUCACCAUGGCUGGGAGGAGGAUCAUUCUGCUUCAGGCUCUGUGCCUGCUGUCCAUCUUGGCGCAGUCAGAAGAAGAUGGAUGUUCCAUAGGAUUCAUCAUGGAGGAUGACGGAUGCAUUGGUAACGAGUGGAGGACAGAAGAGCUUCUUAAAGAAGAAGUUACAGAUUCCGACGAGUGCGCGGACGAUGCGGAAGACUCUGCUGGGGACGGUGGAAGAUGUGGAGAGAACGCAGAGUGUAUCAACACUCUCGGCAGCUUCUCCUGCAAGUGUCGUAAAGGUUACCAAAGCCUGCAAGAAGGAUUACAAAUGUGUCAAGACAUAAAUGAGUGUUGGGCCCGCAAAGACAUCUGUGGACCGCGGGCCACAUGUGUCAACAGCAUUGGAAGCUACCAAUGUGUGUGCAAGAAGGGCUUUGUUGCCAGUCCAAGAGGGCGCCGAGAUGAUUAUGACUGCGACGAUGAGGAUGAGUGUCUGGAGGAAAAUAUUUGUGGAAGUAAUGCGACGUGCAUCAACACAGAAGGCAGCUAUAACUGCGUCUGCCACGUGGGCUUUGCAAACAAGUCGGGCGGACUCACCUCGACUUCCAAUGAAGAGCCAUGUGAAGAAAUAUGUCCGACAAUUAACUGCGGAAAUGGAAGCUGCCACAUUGGAGCCACGGGCCACUACUGUGCAUGCCAUGCAGGGUCCACCAAUUACGGCAAGGAAGCUGCUCCUUGCAUGGCAUUAAACUGCGACGCGUUCAAGGACACAAAAGAUCUGAAAGAGAACCUUCCCAUCGCUCGUGAUCUGAUGAUGCGGCUUGAGAGAAGCUGUGUGAACCUUACAGGGAGCGGGGACCCCAAAGUCUUGGAUGGGGAGGAGCUGGUCUCGGCAUUGUUGGAUCUAAUUGACCAGAUCUUGCUCAGCGGGGUCCUCAGAGACAACAAGAAAGUGUCCAUCUUUCUGGACAUAGCUGAGAGCGCUCUGAGAUUGGUCGGACCUUUCAUGAAACCCCCCAGAGCAAGGAGGUCCUCCACCUACACGGAACUGGAACUGCUUUCACACAAAGGACCGGUUCCACCUGAGGGUGCUGUGACGUUAUCAACCAAGCCAGUCCAGUUGGAUAUCCAGAUGAGUACAGUGGCUGGAGAUCCCUCCCAGUUCCCAGGUUUUGCUACCGUGUUCCUGCUCAGCUACGCCAACCUGGAGAUCCCCACGAGCGGUUACUACGGUGGCAUGGAUCUGCAGACGAACCGGAGUUUCAUCGUCAACUCCAAAGUAGCGACCGUCUCCGUCACCAACGCCAACACAAGUCGCCUGGACGCGCCCGUCACGCUAACUUUUCACCACACCCAACAGGUGAAUGGUAGUCAGCACACCUGUGUGUUCUGGGAUGGUUCCCAGGAGGGCGGCAGCUGGUCUUCUCGCGGCUGCACUCGGGUGGAGUCCAACGCCGAGUCCACCGUGUGUUCCUGCGACCACCUGAGCUCCUUCGCCGUGCUCAUGGCGCUCUACGACGUGGAGCACAGGUUUGAGUUGCAGUUCAUCACCCGGGUGGGCCUGAGCCUGUCACUCAUGUGCCUGCUGGUCUGCAUCUUCACCUUCUCACUGGUCCGCCCCAUCCAAGGCCCCAGGACCACCAUCCACCUGCACCUGUGCAUCAGCCUCUUUGUUGCCGUCCUCAUCUUCCUCACAGCCAUUACUCGUACAGAGAACCAGAGUGUGUGUGCAGUGGUGGCCGGCCUCCUCCACUUCUUCUUCCUGGCGUCCUUCUGCUGGAUGUGUGUGGAAGGCGUGCAGCUCUUCAGGAUGGUCAUCUUGGUCUUCAACACCAACUUCCGGACCCUCUACAUGAUGGCAGGCGGUUACGGCGUCCCGGCAGUGAUCGUGGCCAUCUCCACUGUCAUCCACCCAAAAGGAUACGGCACAGACAAAUAUUGUUGGCUGAAUCUGGACUUCAUCUGGAGUUUUUUGGGUCCUGUUUGUGUCAUCAUUGCUGUAAACAUUGUCUUCUUCCUUAUUACCAUUUGGAAGCUGCUGCAGAAGUUCUCAAGUUUAAACCCAGAGAUGGACACCUUGCAGAAAAUCAGGGCAUUCACCAUUACUGCAGUGGCCCAGCUCUGCGUGCUGGGCACCACAUGGAUCUUUGGCUGCUUCCAAUUUGGGGAAAGCACCAUAGUCAUGUCCUACCUGUUCACCGUCUUCGCCAGCCUGCAGGGGGUCAUGCUCUUCACCAUGCACUGUCUCUUCUCCAAACAGGUAAGGGACGAGUAUGGAAGCUUCCUGUGCAGAUUCUGUACACCGCCCACGAAAAACUACAAAGAGUUCAGCUCGCUUUCCAGCAGACCGCAGGCGUCCAACAGCACCCAGGACACGGGAGAGUCGCGCAUCUGAGGAGAAACAAACUCUGGCCGUCAUCCAUUUGCACUUGAUGCAGCAGUUUGCCAAAUGACGGCAACUGGCGCUAGUCUUCUGCAUUCUCAUGAACAUGUUCAUCAUUACGCUGUCACGGUAAUUCAGUGUGAUGUUGCCCCGACUGAGAGAUGCAGUCAAUGUGUUGCAAUGACAACACCCGAGUGCAUAUUACUCCCAUUUGUUUUAAAAGUGGACUCAAACCAAAAUGAUCAAAAUGCUAAAUGAUCGUACCAAGCCUGUCAGCUUGCGUCACCCAGGUACUUUAUCUCAUUAGCCCAGACCAUCUUUGUUAGUGCGACCUAUUUACAUUGACAAUGUAUGAAUAUUGCUACUGAACUUUUGUCUGUUUUUGUCAGGGGUGGGCAAUUCAUUUUUACUGCAUGAGCAACCCGAGCACUGCUGGAGGGCCACACCGACAAUAUUUCUAUUCAAUUUUGCUCAAAUUAUGUUUGAUAUACCGUAAGACAUACU